AAGAGUCUGCAGGGGACGUCUUACUCAGUGUCUGAUCGCUGAGCUGACACCACUCUCAGAAUGGACCAUGUCUAUGCGAAUGCGCCUGCUUAUUCUCCUAAUACGAUGGGCUUGUCUGGCUCCAGGCUCUCUGAGGCCAGUGGCGGAGGAGGAGAAGUUUCCAAGUCCAGAAGGGUUGUGCUGCUUCCUCUGGCUCUUGGUAUCGGUCUCGGCCUGCUUUUCACCCUUCCAGCUCUUGCUGCAGUGGUACACCUCUACACCUCUGGUUGUAGGGUCUGUCCUGAUGGGUGGGCUCACAACAGUGGGAAGUGCUACCUCUUCUCCUCCACUAAUAAGACCUGGAGUCAGAGUCGAGAUCACUGCAUCACAUUAGGGGGGCAUCUGGCCAUUGUGAACAGUCAAGAAGAACAGAGUUUUCUAAACCAAAGUGCCAUUGAGGAAUUCUACUGGAUGGGACUGAAUGACCUGGAGACAGAGGGACAGUGGAUUUGGGUGGACAGCACACCUCUCAAUGAGACUGGAGCAGUAUUCUGGCUGAAAAGGUCUGAUGGACAGGAUGAACCAGAUGACUGGAAGGUGCAAGACCCUUCUGGGGAGAACUGUGCACUGGUCUCCAAAAUGGGAGACUGGCGUGACACCUCCUGCAAUGAUAGGAGGACAUUUGUGUGUGAGACGAUAGCCACCGAUUGGAUUGGAUUAGAUUGAAUAUUCAGCUGCUAUAUAUGAAGUCUUUAAAAAAAUCAUUUUCAUUAAAUUUACACAGUUAUUGCUACACUCUAAGAAAUCACUUUCGAGAACCAACGACGGAACUGGAACUGGGCGAAGGUUUCUGCAUGUUCGUCUUUCUGUGCUUUGUUGAAAUGAAAUAUUUUAAUAAAGGACCCUAUCUUGGUAAACAUAA